GUCCAGGAAGCUACCGGCCUAGACGUGACCACCCACGAUGACCCGCUUUGCGUUAGGAACGCUGAUGUUCCGACCGCCUGUGGGAUUACUGCGCCUCCCCUGAGCUUGUCGGGGGAGCAUGUGGCCCCUUUUUCGUCCACAAGGCAAAACGAGACGGGCCGAGCGCAGAGCCCAGGGAGGAUGUGGGCAGCCACCACCAGAGUGAGCUGGGCCCUUCCGUGGGGGGGCUGCCUGAAGUUCCCUGGUGCCGGGGGCCGUGGGCUCUCAGCACAAGCCCUUGAGACCCCAGGAGCCACUUUCUCCUCGUCCAGGAUCCACAGAGCCACCGGGGACCUGGACGGCCAGAGUGGGGCCCAGGUCUCGGAGCCGCCCAGAGGAUUCUGGACUGUGGGAGGCCCCCCCUUGGCCAACAGCGCCCCCGCUCCCCAGACCUCUGAGCCCUGCGUCGCUCGCUGUGGGGGCUCUGGCCCCCGUUUCAAGGCGUUCCUCGCGUCCCAGGCCCUGCAGACCAGCCUGCGCCCCGCCCGCCACCUGGACGCACCCUCCCAUGAGCCUGGAGGACUCGCUCCAUUUCCCAGGAAGAAGCUGUCGUUUGAGGCCACGGGACUUUCUGGGGCGCAGUGCGAACCCCGCAGACGCUCCCAGCACAAGUUCCGUGGAAGGGGUGUCUACCCUCCCAGUGAGGUCCCACAGGGCGAGGUGUGGGGGCCCCACCAGGACCGUCUGACAAUCUGUGGCCUGAGAAAGGCCGCUGGGCCGGUGAGCAGCAGUCCUCGUCCACAGGGGCACGGAGGGCGGUGCCACGCCGGCCCGGCUCACAGGCAGAAGCCCCGUGGGUGCGUGCUGGCCCCGUGGCUCAGGGCGGCUCGUCUGCUGAAGUCCUACCGGAGGCUCGGACGCGCUGGGGACCGAGGUCUGGCUUGGGUCCUGGGGAAGCGCCCAAGGCGGGCGUUGUGAAAUCCCAAGGCAAGGGGUUCUGGACUACGGGGCUGGGUUCAUUGAUCUUUUAAUGACUCAAUGGAGUUCAGCAAGAUUCAGCCGGAGAGUGCGGACUGUUACUGUUCUUGGUGCUUUAGCUGGUCUCUCAACCACCACCACCCUCACGGUGGCCUGAGCCCCGGCCUGGGGAGCCCACCUGAGCUGGCCCCCGGGGCGGUGUGGCUGCACCCGGGCUCUGGGCCCCGUGCCCAUCUGGGGCCCGUCCAGGACCACGGCCGCAGGACCAGUGGACUCGGAUGCACGGCCUGGCUGAGCACCUGGUGUGGGGUUCUGCCCUCCGCCACGGCCGUGAAGGUGGAGCGAUGGGAAGCACAGCGGACAGCGAUGGCCAUGCCGCUGGGCUGCGCCUGCCGGACGAAGCGAAGCGGCUCCGGGCCUGGCGGAUGGAUCAGCCGGACCGCCUUGCAGGAAGGGCUGAACCCGAGCGUGUGAUCGGAAGGGCCUGCCUCAUCCCGGCGGCUAAUGUGUAUAGGACACUUGCCACGCAUGUUCCAGGCUCGGUGCCAACACACCAUGCAUGCCAGCUCCUGCCACCAGAGAAUAACCUCUUGAGAUUUAAAGGGGCCGACUGCUUCCCCGAGGUCACGCCACGAGUCAAGGGCAGAGCUGAGGCCUGGAGCGGGGAGUCAGCGCAGCGGGGCGCCUGCGUCUGGGCCUGCAGACACCCAGCCCGGCUUCCAGGACAACAGCCCUCCAGGGGCAGGACACACGCUGACUCGGGACUCGGGGCUCGGGACGUGCCGGGAGGGAGACAGAAACCCUGCUGCUGUCCGGUGCCAUCGCAGGGAGGCAGAACAGGCCCCAGACAGAACCAACGUCCCGCUCAUUGGCAUCCAUUUCCCUCCGAUCUGCAUACUGUGCGCCGGAGUUGCUAACUCUGGGAUUACAAAAUCAAACGCAUGAAUGCAUUCCUGUACCUGCUUGUUACAGUCACACUCAGAACUUAGGGUAUGUGUGACCACCCCUCAACCUCUCCACACACAUGCACCCGGAGCGGUGCAGCCUGCUUGUUGCUCGAGAACACAUCCCGCACCUGGAGGUCCUGGCAGCAGCGGAGGCAGGAGCUGCUCUGCCCACGUGAGCCCCGCCACCCUGCAGACCCCCUGCCCAUCGGCUCCGCCUGCAGCCACCUGCCUUGGGAACCGCUGUUCUACUAAAGAAACAUCGCAUCGGCCUCGGGCCACAUCCGUGUCAGGCCCUGCUGUGCGCUUAAGGAAAACUGCAGCCUUCGGCCCACGGGCACGGCGAGCCGGUGAAGCGCAGCACAGACAGUCUCGCUCCGGGUGUCGCCUCCUCCGUCUCCAGCCCCUUAAGAAGGACAGGCUCUUCCAGGAGACGUCACAGUAAGAGAAAGACACUUUUCUUUAAACAGCUCACAUUUAUUAUCGAUAACAAUAAAAAAUCUUGUAAAGACUAUCAGUAUUGUAUUACCAAGAGUGAGGUAAUAGGUUUACAAAACAUUUACAGAAGUUGAUAUGCAAAUAAUGCAUUCAGGGAGGAAAGUGGAAACCAAGUGGUUAGUGCUGGGGAAGGCA